AUGGCUACCCCUAGUGUCCUCGCUUUUGACGCCGAGGGUCGAGCCAUUGACUUUGACGUCUGGGUAGAUGACCUGCAGCUGUUCUUACAGUGCGAUAGGGCAGACGGUCUCUCCCUCUUUGACCUCACUUCUGGUGCCUCUCCUGCUCCUGCUGCUGAUGCUGACGCCACUGUUCGCUCACAGUGGGCCACGCGCGAUGCUGCUGCACGUCUUGCAGUGCGUCGCCACCUCCCUACCUCUGAGCGUGCGCACUUUAGCCAGUACAAGAGUGCUCAGACCUUGUACGAUGCUGUAGUUGCACACUACUCCUCCCCUGCCACUGCUGCACUGAGCCAUCUCAUGCUACCGUACCUCUUCCCUGACCUUGCUGCCUUUCCCACAGUCGCUGACCUCAUUACGCACCUCCGCACUAGUGACACUCGCUACCGCGCUGCGCUUCCUGCUGACUUCUGCGCCAAGAACCCCCCCCCAUUGCGGCGUCUGCCCCUAGCGGGAGACGCCGCUCUGGCAAGUGCAAGGGGGGCAGGGGCACUGGAGGAGCGAGCGGGGGCGGUGGAGGUGGAGGUGGAGGCGGCGGGGGGAGUGGGGGUGGCGGUGGGAGUAGAGGUGGGGGUGGAGGUGUCAGUGGCGGCAGUGCAGGCGGAGGCGGCGACGGCGGUGGCGGUGGGAGCGGACGUGGCGGAGGUGGUGGCGGUGGAGGAGGCGGCGGAGGCGGCGGUAGAAGCGGAGGCGGCGGAGGCGGCGGAGGCGGCGGGGGUGGCGGUGCAACUGGUCGCGGGUCUACGCAGAGGAGUGGCUCCGGUGGUGGUCCGCCCCAGCAGCAGCAGCGCGGUCGUGAGACCCUGUCCCCUCAGCAGCUUCGUGAGUGGUACACUGCACGCUAGCGGGUGUGGGGGUGCGCACCCCACCCAGCGCUGCUUUGGCCGCCUGACGGACGCGUGGCGUCACCAGUUCCCGGAGGCCACAGAGAUCCCUCGCUGGGGCGAGCUGUCUAGGGCGGGAGUUCCCAUCUAUGAUCUUGAUUUUGAUCCUAUCCUUUUUGCCAUGUAUGCUGUGUCUAUUUGUGAUGAGGGUGACUGUUACCGGUCUUUCCCGCCCGACCCGGGCAUUGAGACUGCUGCUCUUGAUACUGGUGAGGCUGCUGCUCUAGGUGCCAGUGAGGCUGCCGCUCUAGGUGCCAGUGCGUCUGCGUCCUCAGGUGCUGGUGAGUCUGCGCUCGCAGGUACCGCGUCGGCUUCGGCCUCCCUCACCUUCACACUUGACUCAGGGGCUUCUCGCUCCUUCUUUCAAGACCGCACCACACUCACGCCGCUUGGUCGGCCGGUUGCACUCUCCCUGGCUGACCCCUCUGGGGGUCCUGUCCUUUCUCACUUCUCCACUGUCCUCCCGUGUCCGGCUGCCCCCUCUGGCACCUUGUCUGGUCUUUACCUCCCCUCGUUCUCUAUGAACUUGGUGAGUGGUGCUGACCUACAGGAUGCGGGGGUUCACCAGUUUACUCCUGCGAGUCAGCGGGUGACCCACUGCUCGGACGCUCGCACAGGCCGGCACCUGGCCACGUUUACGCGUCGGCCGGGGUCGAGCUUGUACACCCUGACCACUGAGUCUCCUCCUGUCCCUGCGUCUGGUCAGGUAGCUGCGUCGGGUCAGGUGUUUGCUGCAGCGUCCAGGUCUGGCCCUGAGUCUGCCCCCUGCUCGUGUCGCCUCCUGUCUCACGAGACUCUCCUCUGGCACCACCGCCUUGGUCACCCCUCCCUGCCUCAUCUCCGCGGCAUGGCCUCCCGUGUCCUUGUCUCUGGUCUUCCCCGGUCCCUCCCUCCCCUUCCUCCGGGGCCUGGCCCCACCUGCGUCCCCUGUGUCGAGGGGCGGCUGCAGGCUGCCCCUCACUCCUCUCAGUUUCCCCCGACAGAGGCCCCGCUGCAGACGCUUCACAUGGACGUGUGGGGCCCGGCCCGCGUCCGUGGACAGGGUCACGAGCGCUACUUCCUGCUGGUGGUUGACGACUACUCGCGUUACACCACAGUCUUCCCCUUGCGCAGCAAGGGUGAUGUCACUGAGGUGUUGAUCGACUGGAUCCGCGCAGCUCGUCUCCAGCUCAGGAGGAGCUUCGGCUCGGACUUUCCUGUUCUGCGUCUGCACUCUGACCGAGGCGGAGAGUUCUCCUCUGGCCUUCUGCGAGCCUACUGCCGUGCGCGAGGCAUCCGCCAGACCUUUACGCUUCCGGACUCUCCACAGCAAAAUGGGAUUGCUGAGCGCCGCAUUGGCAUGGUCAUGGACGUCGCCCAUACGUCCAUGAUGCAUGCGGCUGCCCCCCAUUUUCUGUGGCCGUUUGCGGUUCGGUACGCGGCGCAUCAGAUCAACCUUCACCCCAGGGUCUCCAUGCCAGAGACCUCCCCAGCUUUGCUGUGGACAGGGAAGGUAGGCGAUGCGUCUGCGUUCCGUGUCUGGGGAUCUCGGGCGUUUGUCCGCGACUUGUCUGCGGACAAACUGUCCCCUCGUGCUGCUCCUUGCGUCUUCCUUGGCUUCCCCCCUGACGCGCCAGGGUGGCAGUUCUACCACCCCACCUCUCGUCGUGUUCUGUCCUCCCAGGACGUCACGUUUGACGAGUCGGUCCCCUACUACCGCCUCUUCCCCUACCGCACUCCUUCCCUCCCCCCGCCACCGCUCUUCCUUGUGCCAGGUCCCCCCCCGGUAGACCCCCUCCCCCCUCAGGGUCGUGCCCCUUCAAGUGUGUCCCAGGUAGACGCAGUCGAGCCUGUCGAGGUUACAGGUGACUCUGGUGCUGCUGGGGGUGCUGAGCCUGGGGGUGGUGAGACUGGGGGUGUUGGGCCUGGGGGUGCUACGCCUGGGGGUGCUGAGCUUGGGGGUGCUACGCCUGGGGGUGCUGAGCCUGGGGGUGCCACGUCUGGAGCUGCUGAGCCUGAGGGUGCGGAGCCGGCGGCCGCUGGGCCUGCUUGUGUGGCGUCUGGCGGUGCUGGGCCUGGAGGUACUCUGGGUGCUUCGUCUCGGCGGGAGCCACUCUCUUCACAGGAGCUGCGCGAGUGGUUUGCCCGGCGCUGGAGGCGUUCUGCUGGUGCUGGUGCUUCUUCGGCUGCUGAGGGUGCUGGUGCCGCCGGUCCCGGAGGUUCUCGUGCUUGGAGUGCUGGAGCUGCUGGGCCUACGGGUACGACUGGAGCUCGAGCUACUGAGGGUGUUGGCGCUGAGGCUACUGCUGUCAAGCCUGGCGGCGGUCCUGCUGCGGGUGCUGCUGGUGCUGCUGGAGGUACUGCAGCUGGAGGUACUGUUGGCGCUGGUGCUGCCGCUGGGGGUGCUGGUGCUGUCCCUGCUGUGUCUGGAGUCACCGCGCGGCCUCGGCCGUACUUCGUUCCGCUCCUUCAGCAGCUACAGUUACUGCCGGCCUCCCCACUGCCUGCUCCGUCUCCCUACACUGGUCCUACAGGAGGUCUUGCUGAGCGUCGUGAGCCUGCGUCUCGCCCUGCGUCGCCUGUCCGUGCUGCUCGCACUAGUGGUCGCGGUUCGCGUCAGCGUCCUCCUCCUGUCCCUAGCACGCACCGGAUGUCUCUGCGUUCGUCCACUGCUCCUCUGCGUGCCCCUUUGCCUUCUCCUCCUGAGUCUUCUCUUCCUGCUCUUGCCGACCCGGAGUCGGACUCUCUUCGUGCUGCGAGUCCUACUGUCACGCGUCUCCUUGCUACUGUCGUCACUGGCCCUUCUUUUGAGUCCACUGCUGCGUCUUCCCUAGUUGCUGAGCUCGUCGACUUUGCUGCUCACUGUCGUCUAGACUACGCUGCUAGUCUUGUCGCUGAGUCUGAGUCUGUCUGUCCUCCGUCCGUCGGGGGUGAGUGUGCCCUUGGCACGGACGUCCUUGAGGACAGGCAGGAGGAGUUCCAGUGUCUGGCUGCUGCUUCACCUCAUCUUGUGUCCGUACUGCUUACCCCUGAGGGAGACCCGGAUGCACUUGACAUCCCGACUCCACGCUCUUACGCGGAGGCCGUAGAGGGUCCCUACUCUUCUCAGUGGCAGGCAGCUAUGGAUGCAGAGAUGGCUUCCUGGAAGUCCACAGGCACCUACGUUGACGCGGUUCCCCCACCUGGGGCGAACAUCGUCAGUGGCAUGUGGAUCUUCAGGGUGAAGCGGCCGCCAGGUUCUCCACCUGUCUUCAAGGCGCGGUAUGUGGCUCGUAGCUUCAGUCAGCGGCAGGGAGUUGACUACUUUCAGACCUUCUCUCCCACCCCGAAGAUGACCACUCUUCGGGUGCUGCUGCACAUAGCCGCUCAGCGCGACUACGAGCUUCACUCUCUUGACUUCAGCACUGCUUUCUUGCAGGGUAGCCUGCACGAGGAGAUCUGGCUGCGCCGCCCACCUGGCUUCACUGGGAAUUUUCCUCCUGGCACCCAGAGGAGCCUCCGACGGCCAGUCUACGGUCUCCGCCAGGCACCGCGUGAGUGGCACGACACACUGAGGACUACGCUUGCGGCUCUUGGGUUUGCUCCCUCUACUGCCGACCCGUCGCUGUUUCUGCGCACCGACACCUCUUUGCCGCCGUUCUACAUCCUCGUGUACGUCGACGACUUGGUCUUUGCCACUGCUGACACAGCUGGACUCGCCCACGUGAAGUCCGAGCUGCAGAAGAGACACACGUGCACAGACCUAGCUCUGCCUUCGGAUGAGUCCGUAGAGUCGAGUGGGCCGUACCCAGAGCUUGUUGGCUGCCUCAUGUACCUGAUGACCUGCACACGACCUGACCUUGCAUACCCUCUUAGCAUUCUUGCACGCUAUGUUGCUCCUGGGAGACACAGACCGGAGCACAUGGCUGCAGCGAAGAGGGUGUUGCGCUACUUGUGCAGUACGUCAGGCAUGGGGCUAGUGCUUGGAGGGCAGAGUCCAGUGGUCCUCACUGGGCACGCAGACGCUUCUUGGGCUGACGACCAGGCUACACAGCGGUCGUCACAGGGUUACACCUUCAGCCUUGGUUCCGGCUCUGUUUCGUGGAGGGCUACUCGCUCGUCUUCCGUUCUCGGCUCCAGUUGUGAGGCUGAGAUCUACGCAGGAGCCAUGGCUGCUCAGGAGCUUCGCUGGCUCACCUACCUACUGACUGACCUCGGAGAGCCGCCUCGUUCUCCUCCAGUGCUGUACGUAGACAACAAGGCCAUGCUGGCCUUGUGUCGGGAGCAGCGCCUGGAGCACAGAACGAAGCACAUUGCUCUCCGCUACUUACUUGCUCGUGAGCUGCAGCAGCGUGGUCAGUUGCGACUUGCGUAUGUGGCCUCUGAGGCCAACACUGCUGAUAUCUUCACUAAGGCACUUGCGCCUUGUGAUCAUCAGCGCUUUUGUACUCAGCUUGGUCUUGUGCCUGCCUUGCCUCACUUGCUCACUUCUUGA